GUUUCUGCGCUUGAAAUUCAACAAAACAAUGACUAACGCUCGCUCGUUCGUUCAAGCACAUACUUCUGAAAAGAGAGCACGAAAAUUCUCCUUCACCCCCACCAUCACCGCCACCGAUAUCGCCAUCGUCACUACCGAGCAUCCAAACGCCGGAUCUGGGGUUUUUUUUGCACCAAUAGUUCUGGAUUUCCCAUCAAUUUCAACUCGUUCUUAGAAUUCGCCCUUUUCCCUAUCGAUGCGGUAUGCACUGAUUGUUGCAUUGUUUUUCGACGAUUUAGGAAGAAGGGGGCUCUGAGGCAGGCAGGAUUGUUACAGGAUGAUGCAAAUGCAAAGAGAGAGACGCAAUGAUGAACAUCAUUACCAGUAUCAGUCGUUGUAUUCGGAUCGUGUUGCGAAUCGCGACAAUGGUACUUCAAUGCCAUCCAAGCCUCAUUCUUUAACCGGUGGUGAUGGCUGUGGUGUUGGUUUUAUUGAACACCCCGUUUCUAAGAUGGAUACUCUUGCAGGCAUCGCCAUCAAGUACGGCGUCGAGGUGGCAGACAUUAAGAAGAUGAAUGGCCUGGUCACAGAUCUUCAAAUGUUUGCCCUCAAGUCAUUGCAUAUACCAACCCCAGGAAGGCACCCACCGUCUCCUUGUUUGUCAAGUGACUGCGAUACACCAGGACGGAGCUGCUUUGACCAGACCCCACGCCGUCAUUCUGAUUUGUUUGACUCGUUCCAAUCUCUAAGAAUGAAAUCUCCUCAGCAGGUCUCCCCAGCCAUGAGCAGUUUACAAGGUUACUAUGGGCUUAAAACAAAUCAAAAAAGUCCAUCAGAUGGCUUUGAAUUGGCAGUCUAUAGGAGAGGAAGUGCUCAUUAUUUAGAAGAUGAAGUGUUACCAAAAGCUUCCAUGGCUUCUAACCCACCUCUGGGCCGCCAUCGGAAAUCUAGAAGCGUAGCUAAUGGUUUCCUGACAGAGAAUGGCGAACUGAUUGAUGAUGUGCAUAUGGCUGAGGCUAGAGAAGGGGAUUCUGAUAAAUGGAAUGAGAAAUUAGUUAGAAGGCGUCAGAAAUCCGAGGCUGACUUCAGUUCCCACGCCCCAGAAAUGCUCUUGAAGGAGGAUAACAGCAGUGGUGGUGGGUUUUCAGCAAUAGCAGGAAAAGGCCUAGCUUUGAGGCCAAAAGCAGCAGGCCGAACUUCUUUGGCAGGUGAAAUGGAUGCAGGAUGGUCAAACCUUGUUCCGAUAGGUAUAGGUGAUUCAUCUGUGGCUGAUGGUUUCACUGGGGUACGGAAGUCAUCAAGCACGUCAAGUUUGCAAGAUCAGGACAGCAGUAGUUCUUUGUCCAUCUGGCCUACUUCCAAGUGGAGCUUGAAAUCUGAUUUACAGGCUCUUUCCAAUACAGCCAUUGCAAGACCAAUCUUCGAUGGCUUGCCGAAGCCAAUAACUGGGCGAAAAAACAAAGCUGCACUCGAUUAGCAGAAGCCCUCUUGCUUCAUUUGAUUUAUUACCAUUUUUGAUCCACAUUUUUUGAGGGCUACAAGUAGAAGUUUUUGAUGAAGAACUAGGAAGAUGAAGAGGGCAGAAAAAGAACUGCAAAUAAGAUGUCAUUACUGUAUGUUGGGUGCCAUAAAAUUUUAUUUCAUUUCUUCAUGAGCUGCUAGAGUGCACUGGAAGAAGCUGCAGGAUAUCAAAAUGUUCUUGGAGUGUGCAGACGACACAUUUUGACUGAUAAAAAUUUUUGCUACGGAAAAAUGAUGUAUGCAAAUGAAACUACAGAGACUGUAUAUUAGGUUUGUAGGACUCUCUUUAGUAAAUAUGGAAAGAGAAAAUAUUUAUACAUGUAAUUCUUUAUUUAUUCCAAUUUGUUUUGUUCUGUUCUGUUCA